AACAUUUCUUGUAAUUUUAUUGGAUUUGGAAAGAUAAAGCUAUCACCUUUCAUCAAUUUGAUUGGCAGGGACACAGCGACGUUCGAUAACCAGACACAAAAAUCCCCUUUCUUCCCUCUCUCUCUAACAUCCCACGUGGCAAGCCACACACGGAGAGCCGGAGCUUCGGUACACAUCAUCAAUGGCGGUCAGUACUGCAGCAUCUUCAGCUACCUGCAAUCUCAACCACACCAGCAACUUCCUCUCCUCCAAACCCCACUUCAGUUUCAUUUCUGGUUCAUCCCGCAACUUCCCCGCCAAAUCAAGGCCCUCAACAAUCGUUUCCAUGGCGCCCCAAAAGAAGGUGAACAAGCUCGACGGCGGCUGGGAGAAGAAGUGGUACGGAGCGGGAAUCUUCUACGAAGGGGCGGAGGAAGUGGAAGUCGACGUCUUCAAGAAGCUGGAGAAGCGGAAGGUCCUCAGCAACGUCGAGAAGGCGGGGCUUUUGUCCAAGGCGGAGCAGCUCGGGGUGACCCUGUCGUCGAUUGAGAAAUUGGGGCUGUUUUCGAAGGCGGAGGAACUCGGGCUCCUCAGCCUGCUCGAGAAGGUGGCUGGAUUCUCCCCAGCCGCCUUGGCCUCGGCGUCGCUGCCCAUAUUGGUGGCGGCUGUGGUGGCGGUCGUGGUUAUACCGGAUGACUCGACGGCCCUGGUGGCGGUGCAGGCUGUGGUGGCGGGCGUGCUUGGGGCUGGCGCUGCUGGAUUGUUAGUUGGGUCAGUUGUCUUGGAUGGCUUGCAAGAAGCUGAUUAAGUUUCUCACUUCUUUUUUUUUAUAAUUGUUUUUGUUUUUCAAAUUUUCUCCUUUUGUAGGAUAAAAUUGAGAAUUAUGUCUGUGAUAUACUGAAUUAGAGAAUGAAUCAAUAACCGUUCUGAAA